GAGCACCGAGACCCUCUGCCCAUCGAGAUUGAGGACCUCGACAACGGUCAGUACGAGGUCCGCUACGUUGGAGAGGUGGGAGAUGUCAUUGUGCACGUCAGCCUGGUGGACGAGCACGGCAAGCAGCGACCGGUGCGAGGCUCUCCCUUCAAGUCGACCCACAUCCAGUACGCGAAGACCUCUGCCAACGAGUACCUCGGCUCGAGCGUCCACGUUUGGCUCACCAGCACCCUGAAGCGGCUGGAGGACUUCAACCGCUCGACGGAGCUGGGGCUGAACGCGAGGCCUAAGGAUGACGACGUAAAGGGCCUGAUCAAGGUCAUGAACCACAUCCAAGAGCUUGAAGUUGACGAG